CGCCCUGGGCCCGGAAGGGUGAUGUGGCUGGGGCUUCGCCGGCCUCACUAUGUCUGCCAUUUUCAAUUUUCAGAGUCUGUUGACUGUAAUCUUGCUGCUUAUAUGUACCUGUGCUUAUAUCCGAUCCUUGGCACUCAGCCUCCUGGACAGAAAUAAAACUGGACUGUUGGGUAUAUUUUGGAAGUGUGCCAGAAUUGGUGAACGGAAGAGUCCUUAUGUUGCAGUAUGCUGUAUAGUGAUGGCCUUCAGCAUCCUGUUCAUGCAGUAGCUUGGAAAAAUACCCGAAUUUAAUUGCCAUCAGAUUUCAAUAUAAAAAUGGGAUUUACCUGCAGAAAAUAAUGCAAAGAAUGUAUAAGUUUGUUUCAACAUUGAAUGAGAUCAAUUCCUAGCUGCUGUUCUCUAUUUUGUUAUUGGACCAAUGUUCUAUAUAAUUAAGAUGUAAUCAUUUAAUACUCAAAGAGUUUGUAGCAAUCAAUCUCAGUACUGUCACUACAAUAUUACAUUCUGCAAUUGUCAUUUCGUUGUGUCCAAUACCAGUUUUUAGUGAGGUAUCUCUAAGGCACAUAGUAGAAAAAUUUGGUAAAUUAUACAAGUUCCUUUCACUGUGACUUGGAAGUGAUAUAUCUUUAUAGAAUGAGACCAUAUAUUGAACUAGCUUUUUUAUUGGGGAAAAAAGGGUUCAAUUUGUGUUGCUAAGGAUUGCAUUCAUACUUAAUAAUACUUGCUUUACCUCUGGCCACACCGUU